GCGUACAAGGCUACGCCGACGCCUUUGCCGACGGGUGCCACGGGCGGCUAUGCGUCGACUUCUCAACAGUACCAAUAUGCGGGCGUUCAGCAGCAGCAGCAGAUGGCAGCGGCGUAUGCUGGUGCGUACGUACCGCGUGCGGCGCAGCCUUUGAGGGAUGAUUAUGAACGAUGGUAUGCAGAGCCAACACCGAUGAACAGGAUGUUACUCUCCUUAAGAUCUGGUCUUGACUCGGAGGUUACAUGGGCACUUGAACGGCUUUGUCGGUUGAGUUGUAAUGAUCAGUUUCAACUUUCGUCUAUACCUGGACUUGUUGAUGCGUUGUUUGAGUGGCCGGAGUGGUUUCUUAGGGAAUACGGGCUUCCUUCUACCCUAUCAUCAUCAACACAAGACAGUGGUUUGAAGGGCACAAAGCGAGUUAACGCAGCUGCAGCGUCGUUGUUCGCGCCCACUUCGACGGAAGAGAGACAUCGUCGAUAUGCGCUAGAGUCGCUUUUCAUCCUUCGUAACGCGGCCCUUGGAAGUCAAAAUGCGUCGGAACUUUCUGCACACUCGAAGACUCGCCCGUUGAUCAUUCGUGCGCUGUAUGAACUCGAUUUGGAUACGGACGAAAACACUCAGUUCGUACUAUAUACUCUCGAGCUGUUACAUUGUCUAGCAGGAACCUAUGUGUUACCGCCGGCAAAGGGAAACACCACUGCUCCGAAUCCUGUUCCAGCUCUGGAGAAACUUGCAGGAGAGUCGAGUAACAGAGCGAUAAUCAUAAGCGCCUUGUCCGCGCUUACUGCACUCUUCGGCAUCCCGCACAACGUAUCACAUACGAAUGAAUCUUCACCCGCGUUGACAGCGUGUAUUCGGUAUCUUCCACUUUAUCAGGACACGGCGCUCGUGGAUGCCUGCCUUAACUUCUUUUAUGCACACUUGUCGUAUCCGCCGAUGACGAAGGCAUUCUUGUUGCACCCGGAUAUGCCAGGAGUGCUUAAAGCCCUCGUGGGGUAUAUGGUCUCUCAGCAGGAUAAGGAAACUGCGACGCUUGACAUUAGUGCUCCGAGUCAUUCGGUGCCCUCUGUAAAGGUUGAAUCUGUUAUUGAUGACCUAUCUGAAGAGGAGUUACAGCGAAUUGGAGUACUUUCGGAACCUGAAAGGUGUUUUGAAUGGCUACGGACUGCUAUCAGACUUAACCCCAACGAAGAACUCACGCAAGUCGAGUUCUGGAACGCCUACAAAGACUCAUUUACUCGUUUCCAAGAUCGCCAAGCACUAUUACCCGCGUCGGAUGUCAUCAAAAAUGCCAGUCUCGUCUACCCAACUGCCCAAGCUAUGGUACUUCAAGUACCCACGCAGAAGUUCAUCAUUCGUGGAAUAAGUAAACGUACGAAGCAGGUUGUCGUUGAGCAGCUUGUAUGUCAUUGGGAUCGGUCACAGUGCCAGGCUGGGCCGUUUGAGACUCCUGCUGCGUUGCGGAGUCAUGUUAAGACGCAUUUCGAGACGUUACACCCGGAGGGAGUGGAGGAAAAGAUGGUAGGGGAAGACGGAGAUUCUACCCCUGCCACCAACGACUCCUACUCGUGUAAAUGGUCGACGUGCCAGUUCUCGACGACUUCACUCUCUACACUCAUCCCUCACGUAUGGACACACGUCCCACUCAAUUCGAUAGAGACCGACCCAGAGAAGCUUCCGCGAAUAACGCUUUCAUCUGCCUCAGAACAAUUCCCAAUGCCAGACGCAACGCAGCGUCCAACCCCACCCGAACCAAAGACAGUCGUCGCCUACCCAUCACCAGCGCGUGACCCACCUACAGGGGCGCUCACUGCCUUACUCAUCCUCCGAACCCUCUUCCGCGCGUCGUUCGCCUCAUCAGAAGUGGCUCCCCGUGUCGAUGCAGACCAUUUUGGGUUUCCUGGUGUGGUUGAGGAAGUUGACGAACAGGACGUCGCUAUUGCUACUGCUAAUGGUGAACAGAGUGAGUCGGAUAGAGAAGGUGAAAGGAGAGGAAGACGAGCAUUCCUUGGUAUUAGGCACUUGAUGGAGAGCGUACAUAUCAAGGACCCUGCGCUUAUGUCGUGGAUUUAUGAGAUGAUCGAUGCUGGGUCGAGUAGUACUCCGUAAGCUUUGUUUCCUGUAGGUAGAUAGAGUUGUUUGACUUGUAUGUAAUAUUUGUCCUGCGUACUCGUAGAAGAGGGUAUGCUGCCACAGCAUGUAUCUCAAAUCGUACAUCUAUGUUCCG